UUAUAUUGUGUUGUUUACAUCAAGAUGAUUUUUCAAUUGUAUUUUCUGUAUUAUUUAUGACAAAAUGUUUGUCUUCAAACGUUUGGAUGGUUUACGGAAUUGGUUGAAAGGCAGGGUACUUUACGUCUCCUCGUUGAGUUUAAGAUGCAGACGUCUGCUGUUUAUCCUACUUAUUGCUGUUGUUAUAUUCAUCUUUUCACCUGUCUUAAGAAGUUUUCAUCCCACAAAGUAUUUAGGAUCUUAUCAUAUAGAUCAAGCAUAUGUGUGUCUAGAGAACAGAAUUUCACAUUGGAAAGAAGCAAUUGACUUAAAAGAUGCUAUUAUUUGGCAUAAUCCGCUAGAAGCAAAAGAAGAAUCUGUGUUAAAUUAUGUUGGUAAUGGUGUAAUUGGUAUGUCAUUAAAUGGAAAUAGACAUCUAUAUAUAAGUGACGGCGAAUCUCUCUCCAUUGAAAUUCCGUAUGAAUCUUUGCUAACAUUUACUGUUGAUAAAGGACACAGUCAAAGAGAGGCUACGGUUAUUGACCUAAGAAGAGGUGUUGUGCACAACAUUCACAGUUACUCAAAGGAGAAAAGUUGUAUUGUUGUUGAGCACAUAGUUUAUGCUCAUCAAGACAAGCCAUCGUUGCUCGUUCAAGAAGUUAUCAUCAAUAAUCAUGCGCAUGUUCCAGUGCAAGUGAAUUUCAAACACAUUGGUUUGAAAUCUUGGAAGAAAGCAAAAACGAACAGCGAAAAUUUCUCCGCAUCGAAACCGGGUCUGCGCAACAUUCCUCUCAGCGUUACAACCAACUCAAUGAAACAUCCCAAACUUAAAGACACUGAUUUGGUCAUCGCUAUCGGAUCGUCAACCAUCGCACCAAUUGAGAUGGUUCCGUUUGAAAGUGUCAAAACGCUUCAUUUCCUAACGGCAGUCCACUCUAAAGUACUUUCUUGUGCCAAGCCUGCAACAUGCGCUCCGCUAGUCGUCGAGAAGAGCCUUCGAAAGAUGGUCGUUCAGGAACUAAAGACCGGGAUACAACAGGAGGAAUCUUUACGUGAGGAACAGUCGUCCGCAUGGAGAAAGAUUUGGAAGAGUGGUGUUUCCGUUCCAAUGAAUCAUCACCCUGAUACUCCUGCUGGAAAGAAAGUCAACAUCACCAUGUAUUAUGUCCUGUCCGCUUUGACCACAACCGUUGCAAAGCAGCCGUCGAAAUCUUACCCAGGACGAUGUUAUCAAGGCGUUCCCACCAUGCAUACAGCCUUACUGUGGACUGCCCCGAAGAACGAGUUGGAUGUCGUCAAUCUUGCUAUGAAAUGGAGAAAGGCUUUAAUCUCACACGGAUGCGAGACUUUCUUCGAUCGAGGCACUACUUCCUUGCAUCAGGCAAUGGUUCUGAGUUUUGGCGGUUUCACGUUCGCCCAAGGCCACCUGGAGUUCGCGGCUAACCCCGCCACCCUACAGACGGAUAUAUUAUUUCACCAUAUCGAAUACUACGGUAGUUUUGUUAGUGUCAAAAUCGUGGUCAGCCGUCAGUGGUCGCAGGCAGCGGAGAUCAAAGUCUGGGCCGAAAAUCAGGUCAAGCUGUUUGCCUGCGAAGCGGGCUGCCAAUUCCAUCCAGUGAUAUUAAAUACAAAAGUCAGUACCUUUCCUGUAAAGAUCACCUCGCCCGUCACCCCCCUGCUGUAUAUAUCGAGUAACGAAAGUCAUUUGAUAAGUCUCAAGAACAUGGAUUUUAUACAAAAGGCUUUGAAAGACACUCGUUUCCAGAGCAGGGAAUCUCAUCGUUUCUUGCCAGCGACAUUCUGGGUGAUCGUCGCCUUCUUGAUCAUUGGAUUUCAUCUUUAUCUUGUUAAACUGAUCUACACAGAAUGUCAUCGUGAGACAAGGACUGGGCGCUUCGCAAGAUGACACUUUGUGUACAUGCAGUAAGAAACAGUAAGGACUACCUUUGAAAGAUGCCUCAAACGCGGUUAUACAGUGUAGCUAGCAAUUAUUCUUCGGAUAACAUUCAAGCCUGGUUUCCACAAGGCUAAUUUGUUGAUUAACGAUAAAACAAUGUUAACUGGUCACUUAGCCAUGAGCCUUUUUGUCCUUCUUGAAAAAGAAUGGCAUUCACUCUCUUUACAAAAUGUCUACCAGAGGACGGGCUAGGAUCAUGGCAACUUAGGGCCUGUUUACAUGGAGCGAGUUAUCCCGGCUGGACGAGGUGAAAACUUCAAAUUAAUAAUAAGGUUAAGCCUUUGAUGUGAUGCGCUUUUUACCUCCCCUAACUGGGAUAGCUCGCUCUAUGUAUGAAAACCAAGUUUCAACUUUUGUUCUGCGUAUUCAUACAAAAACCAUUGAGUUGACUUAAUCGCGUCGCAUUUUCCAUACAUUUAAAAACCAUAUCCAUAAUGAUACAUCACACAACAUUAUAUAGCAGAUGAAAUGCAACAAAAUUUAUUU